GAUGUCAAGCGAAUCACAAAGGGAUGCCGCAGUGUGGCUCAGUUUAUCGAGAUGGUAGACGACAAGAACGCCAUUAUUCAAAUCAGUGAUUCUUCUUCGAUGUAUUCUCCAGUAUUGGAAACCCUAAACAAAGAUCUGCUCAAGCCUGGCUGCAGCAUCUGCGUCCAUCCCCGUUCGAGCGCCGUGGUGGACAUUCUUCCUCCCCAAGCGGACAACGACAUUAAGAUCAUGACGGAGAAGCCAUCGGUGACCUACCAGGACAUCGGAGGCCUGGAUGUGCAGAAGCAGGAGCUCCGCGAAGCCGUCGAGCUUCCGCUUCUCCACCCCGAGAUCUUCUCGCAGAUCGGAAUCGAUCCCCCGCGGGGCGUUCUGAUGUACGGUCCCCCCGGAACGGGGAAAACGAUGCUGGCGAAGGCGGUGGCGAACGCAACGACGGCGAAUUUCAUUCAAGUGGUGGCCAGCGAGUUCGUGCAGAAAUGGCUGGGCGACGGACCGCGCAUGGUACGCGAUGUGUUCAGCAAAGCGCGAGAAAACGCGCCGUGCAUCAUCUUCAUCGACGAGAUUGACGCGGUGGCGUUGAAACGAAACGACUCGAUGGGAGGGGAUCGCGAAGUGCAGAGAAUUCUAAUGGAACUGCUGACGCAGAUGGACGGAUUCGACCAAACCACGAACGUGAAGGUGAUCAUGGCCACCAAUCGGCCCGAAAUGCUGGACCCCGCGCUGAUGCGACCCGGAAGAUUGGACCGAAAAGUGGAAUUCCCGCUUCCGGACCGACGGCAGAAGCGACUGGUCUUCCAGGCCUGCACGGCGAAGAUGAAUCUGAGCGAGGAGGUGGAUUUGGAGUCGUUCGUGAAUCGGCCGCAGAAGAUUAGUUGCGCGGAUAUCGCGUCGAUUUGUCAGGAAGCGGGGCUGCAGGCGAUUCGGAAGAAUCGGUACAUUGUGCUGACGAAGGAUUUGGAGAAAGCGUACAAAAAGGUCGUGAAGAGAACCGACUCGGAGUAUGAGUUUUACAGCUGGGUUGUUUGUUGUAUAAUCCUGUGUGGGGUGGAGGUGAGGUGGAGGUGGAGGUGA